AUGGCUUCCGAAGUUGUUUCGAAGCUCCAGAACCUCGUCACUGGCGAGUCCAAGAGCGCGCGCAAGAAGAAGGCCAAACAGGAGAACGCAGCCACCGCCGUCCCAGCAGCGACCGAGAAGACUUCUUCUGAAGCAGGUGCCGGCGGCUCUGACCCUUCCGGGAACGUCAAUAGCGACGGCGAGAGCGCCUACAUCAAGGAGCUUCAGAAGAACAUCCGCAACAUCAACAAGAAGCUGAAUGCUACCCAGAAGGUCGACUCCAUCAUCGCAGAGAACCCCGGCGUCUCACUCGACGACCUCGCUGCUUCCCGCAAGAUCAACGCCGACCAGAAGGCCCAGGCACAGAGGAAGCCCAAGCUGCAGGCUGAGCUCGCACAAUUGGAGGAGCAGAUUGCGCAGUACAAGAAGUUUGACCAGGAGUUCUCGGAGAAGCACGCUCGCGAGAAGGAGAUCCUGCAGAAGUCUCACUCCGGCGAGCUCGAGGCUCUAAGGGACACACUCAAGGCUGAGGCCGCCAUUGAGCAGAAGAAGGCUCUCCGCGAGAAGCUCCUUACACUGUCCCGCUUCUUGAGGGCGGCUGCUGCUCGUCGUCAGCUGGAGGACGACGACUCGGACCUCACCAAGGCUUUCGAGGGAGCUCUGUUGCAGGUCUACGGAGGCGAUGCUGCUGCUGUCGCUGCCGCUGAGAAGCUCAUCGACGGUGCUGAGGAUGGCGUGCCCUCCACCGAGGGUGUGCUGCUGAGCACAACCUACUCGCAGGUUAAGCAGGCCGCGCUCGAGGAGGCUCCCUUCGCUGCCGAGGAGGCCUGGGUCGACGACGUAGCGCAAGCCCAGCCCUCAGCUCCUGAGACAGAGGCCCAUGAGGUAGUGUCCGACCCCACCAUCACGCAUGCAGGCCUAACAGAGCUCGAUACCGGCUCAGCAACAACGGGAGGAGUGGUGGUUGAACAGUCGACAGCGCCGGCGGCAGCCAGCAUUGAGCCCGAGGCUGCUAACGCUGCUGCGGCCGCACAGUGGGACAAGCAGGCCGGCGGCCAGGAUGAGCCUCUCAGCGAGCCUUUCGAGAUCAUUCCCCGCGACCCUGCUGAAGUCGAGACUCCUCACGAGACCGCGCCAGUGACCAGCACCCAGAGCUGGGCUGACGAUACCCCCGAGCCCGCAGCAGCUCCAGCCCCUGCUAAUGAUGGCUUCUCCGAGGUCCAGCACAACCGCGGCGGCCGUGGACGUGGAGGGCAGCACCAGGGUGAGGGACGAGGUGGAUACAGGGGCCGUGGUCGUGGCGGUCCCCGCGGUGGAAGCGAUUUCCGUGGUCGCGGGCGCGGCCGUGGUGGUGACUUCAGAGGAGGCCGAAGUAGCUUCCGCGGUGCUCCUCGCGGCGAGUCGACUGCGUAG